AUGAAGUUCGUGAUGACACAUUAUGAGGUUCUUUUACUUCACCAAAGACCCAUAACUAAGUUGAGCGUCGUUAUUCCAGAACUUGGAAGUUGUUCAGAAAUUGACCACCUGAUGUAUAUCUUAUGGAAGAACAGUGUUGAAGAAUUCACCUUUAGAAUCAAGUAUGGAGAAGAGUACAGAUUGCCUUCUUCACUGUUUAUGUCUCUGCAAUUGAAACAUUUGAAUCUUUCAACUUGUCUCUUCAAUCCUCGACCAAGCUUCAAAGGAUUUAAUAGGAUGAUUAUGCUAGAAUUGUGUGAAGUCACCAUUAAUCAUGAAGUAAUAGAAAGUUUGAUAUCUAGCUGUCUAUUACUGAAGGAACUGGUGUUGCAUGUCCCAAACAAAUUUGACUACUUAGAAAUCAAUGCUCCUAUGCUAGAACUCUUGGCAUUGACAUAUCCUCCUACAUCUGUUCGUAUUAAGAAAUCCCCACUUCUGGAAAUAGUGUAA